GUCACCAAAAACAACUAACCCCAGAAGAGUCCAAAUCAAUUUCUUUGAUGAAAACAAUAGCUUUCCCAAACAACUCCAACUCUCCAAAUUUGUUAGUUUUCAGUUGUUGGCCAGUCCUUCCAUCCAAAACACCAACCUCCUAAUCCUCUCCUCUAACCCACCAAUUAAGAGAGAGAAAGUGAGAGAGAGAGAGAGAGAGAGAGACCAUUAAAAAAAUUUGGAAGAGAGGAGAACCAAACCUUUCUCUUCUAAUACACACCCAAAUUUGUGAUUCACACACCCAAUUUCAUAUCAAUUUCCUCUCCCUUGGAGUGCAAGAAGGCUCAAAAAGUUCUUGCAAUGGAAACAGCAGGCAAAAUUCUCAGAAGAUCAGUCCACACAUUUCUUCUAAACUACCAAUACUUCACCUCAACUGCUGCACUCAUUGCCUUACCCUUCUCAGCCUCAGUUCUCAUCUCUCAAGCACUUCUUCCUUCAAGCUCCGCCCUCUUGGCCGCCGUCUACAACCGCCUCCACAGUCUUUUCAACGCGGCUGGCUUCCCUCCCUCCUUGGAAUUCUUCAACAUUCUCAACCACAAGCUCUCCCAAACCAUCACCUCCUCAGUCUUCACAUUCCCAUUCUCCCUCACCUUCCUCCUCAUAACCAAAUCUUUUGUAAUCCAAACUCUCAGCCGCCACCAGAAACCGAAUUCCUCAUCGCACCCAUCAUUUCUUUCCACAAUUUCUCUCUACACCCCACUCCUCCACACCCAUGUUUACAACUCGUUUUUUAUCAUCUCUGCCAAUGCAACCGUCUUUUCUAUCUUGUUCAUCGCCUUCAAUGUCCUCGAAGGAUCCGGGUUCUCUUCUCCGAACACCCUCCUCUUCUUAUCGGCAUCUGGGGCAGUUUUGUACUCCAUUGUUCUUGCCAAUGCACUCAUAAUAUGCAAUCUUGCAUUGGUUCUAUCAGGUACACAAAAUAGUGGCGGCUACUUGGCAAUUCUCAAGGCUUGUCUUUUAAUCAGAGGAAGAACUUCAACUGCUCUCUCUCUUGCUUUGCCUGUCAGCUUAACCCUAGCUGCAGUUGAAGCAUUGUUCCAAUACCGCCUCGUACGAGCCUGCCAUUUCACAGGACAGCUCGGAUCUUCCAUGGCCAUGGAGGGUGUUUUCAUUGCUUAUUUGUACUCAAUUCUUGUUGUUCUUGAUACAACUGUGAGCUUUUUGUUCUUGCAAAGCUGCAAGCCGAGUUCUCGAGGGAUCGAAUACAGAGACGACGAAGAAAGUUGUGGAGAUUUGAAGGCUGUCAAAGUGCUUCCAUGAAUUUUGGUUCAAGAAAUUGAAGGGAACCCUUCAAAGUUCAAACCAAUCCAGUUUUAGUUCAUUCCUUUUGUUUUUUAGAGGAAAGAAUGUAAAAAAGGCAUUGCCAAAGAAAAAAAAAAUAGUUUGUAUCUUCAAUUCAAAGCAUGAUUUCUUUUGCUUGGUAAUCACUCACACCAGGCAACUUUCUUGACAUAAAAAAAGCAUCCUCUCUAAAGUAGGAGAAUUGUAUACACAACUUUGCUUAUGAUUAUUAUAUUCCAUUUUAUUUAGCUGCUU